AUCCUGAAGAUGAGGGAGAAGAUCCUUGCGACUGAUGUAGCCAAGGGAGUCUCCAGGAUCGCGAAGAACCGCCCAGCUGUUCUGGAGGAGGUGGAGAAGUUGCUGCUCAUCUGGUUAGAAGAGAAGCAGCGUGCAGGGGACACAGUGACUGAGGCCGUCAUUUGUGAGAAGGCCAAGGCCUUGCACGCAGACCUCGUCCGGCAACAGCCAGGAACCUCAGGCGAGCCAGAAGUCUUCAAGGCAAGCAGAGGCUGGUUUGACCGGUUCAAGACAAGAUCUGGAAUCCACAGCGUGGUCAGGCAUGGAGAGGCUGCCAGUUCCGAUGUUCCUGCGGCUGAAGACUUUGCAGCGGAGUUCCUGGAGGUUGUGUCCUCCAAAGAACUGAGGGACAUUUGCCAGAAGUGGAAAGAUGUGCAGGCUUUUGCACAGCGGCACCACCCUGACAAGGACCUGACACGUGACCUUGCGAACACUUUUGACACAAGGGUCAUGUCGUCUUUCAGGGAGGUGCUGAAAAGGCGGAUGAAGCAGCAGACCAUGGACAGGUUCUUCAGCAAGAAGCAAAGAGUGGAAGAGGAACCUUCUUCGAGUUCUCCCCCAGAGUCUUAGAAAAUGUAUGUACAGUACACUUUGGUGAUUUUUAAAUGUUUUUCUGUCAUGUUUAGAAACUUAAAUUAUUGUUCCUUCAAUUUUUGAAAUGCUCUUUACAGUAUGUGUGACUUUAAAGAGCACUUAAUAAACUCUUUUUGUACCAAA